GCUGCAGAAUGGGACACUCUUGUUCCAAAGCCAGCCGGCAGCUGUCACAUAGCGGAGGCAGCAAGCAGCCUGAGCAAAGAGUGAGCCCACUCGGUCAUUUAGGAUGAGUCACAGGGAAUUGGCAUUUAUUCUUCUCUUUCUGAUAGUGGACGGAGCACACCCUCAAAGCUACACUGGACCAGAUCAAGCCUUUCUUGUGCUUUGAAGUGGUUGGUGCUGGACCUUAAAUGCCUGAAAUUAAUGUCAAAGGAUUUGGGAAUUGCAGCUGACUAAAGCACUCAUCUAAUGCAACAGCACAGGCCUGUUGGUCCUUAAGAUUUUCCCCUGCUAUUGAUGCCAAGUUCUUAGUGACUGAUGGCAAUGGUGUGGUGGUGUGGUUGUAACUUUAAUAUCUGUGGAGAAGGUGGCAGGACUGAUGACAAAAACCAAGUGAAAUAGCUCUGAAGCCACCUUCUGGGAAGAUCUGGAUGGCAGAACCACCAUGUAAUGCUGCUGUGAAGAAAUGUAAAGAAAGUAUGCCCCAGACACCAAUAUUUUCCAGUAUGCUUGGUUCUGGAUGUAGUGGGCAGGUGCAGCCAGAUACAGGAGAGCGAAGUGGAGAUCCUGUUUAUCAAGAUGGGAAUCUCAUCUCUGGAUCACUGGAGGCUCUGAUUGAACGCCUGGUACCUACCACUGACUAUUACCCAGAUAGGACAUAUAUCUUCACUUUCCUUCUGAGCUCCCGAGUCUUCAUUCAUCCACACGAACUCUUAGCUAAAGUGGGCCAAAUCUGCCUUAAACAGAAGCAGCAGCUAGAGACUGGCAUCGAGGCGGACAAGGCAAAACUCAAGUCCUUUGCUGCCAAGAUCAUACAACUCCUAAAGGAAUGGACUGAAACAUUCCCCUAUGACUUCCAGGAUGAGAAGUCUAUGAAAGAACUAAAGGAAAUUGCUCACAGGAUCACACAGUGUGAUGAGGAAAAUGGAACUGUCAAGAAGAUCAUUAGCCAGAUGACACAGAAUCUGCUGAUGACCCUUGCUGCACGCAAUCAGUACCAGGAGAUCCGGGAAAAAUUCCGCCAACCAGUGACUGACAAAGGCACCAUCCUUAAAACUAAGCCUCAGUCAUCACAGAAGGACAUACUGAGUGUUUGUUGUGACCCACAAGUCCUUGCACAGCAGCUAACCCACAUUGAACUGGAGAGGGUGAGCAACAUUUAUCCUGAGGACCUCAUGCAGAUAGUCAGCCAUGUGGACUCCCUGGAUAAUCACAAGUGCCGAGGUGAUGUUACCAAGACCUACAAUUUGGAGGCCUAUGACAACUGGUUUAAUUGUCUCAGCAUGUUGGUUGCUACAGAGAUUUGUAAGGUGGUGAAGAAAAAACAGCGAACAAGAAUAGUGGAAUUUUUUAUUGAUGUGGCCAGAGAGUGCUUCAACAUUGGAAACUUUAAUUCAAUGAUGGCCAUAAUCUCUGGUAUGAACUUGAGUCCUGUGGCCCGGCUAAAGAAAACGUGGUCUAAAGUCAAAACAGCCAAAUUUGAUGUAUUAGAGCAUCACAUGGACCCAUCCAGUAACUUUUGUAAUUAUCGAACCGCCCUUCAAGGAGCAGCACAGAGAUCCCAGACAGCACACAGCAGCCGGGAGAAAAUAGUCAUCCCUGUUUUCAACCUUUUCAUUAAAGAUAUCUACUUCUUGCACAAAAUACACACCAACCAUUUACCCAAUGGGCAGAUUAACUUCAAGAAAUUCUGGGAAAUUUCAAGGCAAAUCCAUGACUUUGUCACGUGGAAGCAGGUUGAGUGUCCUUUUGAGAAGGACAGGAAAAUUCAGAGUUAUCUGCUCACAGCACCUAUUUAUAGUGAAGAAGCUUUGUUUAUUGCAUCUUUUGAAAGUGAAGGCCCCGAAAAUCAUAUGGAGAAAGACAGCUGGAAGACACUGAGGACAACUCUCCUCAACAGAGCCUGACAUUUUGAACUUUUGCUCCAGAUUCUAAAGCACACACUAAGAACAUUGUUUUGAAAUCAUGAAUGACAUGGUUUGAGAAGAAGAAAGGCCUCACUGGUUGAGGUCUGUUUUGUAUAUACAAUCCCUUUUAUGAAUUACAAGAGAAAAAAUGUGCAAAAUAUUCCACAUGAACCUUAAGGCACUUAAAAUGAAGGAUAUUGUUUUAUAUAUAUAUAUAAAAACUAUAAGAAAUCAAGGGCAGGGCCCUGUUCUCAGAGAUGAAAUGGACAGUUGGGGGGGUGGUCUCAUGCUAAUGUCUUAUUCUAAUGACAUCCAGAUCUUUAUUUUAAUGUUUGAUUACUUCCGCCUAAUACAUGAACAUUCUCAGAUGGACUCAACACACAAACUGGUUCAGUGCUCCACUAUGCCUUGAGCCACUCAGCACUUCGUGAAUAUGAAUUCCAUCAUGCGGGAUUGAUGCAUCAAGACUUUCACAGUCCUAUAGAGGUACAAGAGCAUUGUUCCCCCAUUAGUAGAAGUUGGCUUCACUGAAUCACUACACUGAUGUUGGAACAUAGAGCACUUGUCAAAGGAUAACCCCAUUUGUGUCAUCUGAAAUUUUGAAGAGCUUGCUUCUCCUGUUCCCUCAUUCUUACGGAAAGCAGGAAACCAACUUCCUAUCCACAGCAUCUAAAGGAGGAGAUGUUUUUGCCUAUGAGAGUUCAUGUCAUGGUAUAUUUGUUAGGCUUCAAGGUGCCACUGGUUUGUCACUUUUGUUUUGGUGUAUUUUACAUUGCUCUUGUUCUGGAUACCCUUAGUUGUUGAUGCUGCUUUCUUUGUCUCAUUAACUUGUCAACCUCUCACAAACUCUGUUCUAAAGGCCACUUUAUACAGUUGUCAGAAUUCAGUAGUAAAGCUUUGCCUAGACUGUUCCACUGUAGAUGGUAAGGAUUGACAUUAAUUGCAUGUUUGAAUGUAUACUUAUGGAGCGGGAAAAAGCAUACUGAGAUGAAGACUAAAAGACCUUUCAAACUAUACAAUUAAAAUACUAUCAUUCCCCCUUAACUGCCA